AUGGGAAGCCUCUCGCAUUGCAAUUCGCCGUCUCUCGGCUGGGUCGUUCAAAAAUUCGGCGGCACAAGCGUGGGCAAGUUUCCGGAUAAGAUUGCUACAGAUAUUGUCAGAGCCAGCUUGUCUCAAAACAGAGUCAUCGUCGUUUGCUCUGCCAGAAGCACGGGCAAGAAAGCUGAAGGAACCACUAGUCGACUACUCGCCGUCUAUGGCAAGCUCCGAGGUGUCGGCGCCGCCAUGUGCGUCGAUGAGGAGCAGCAGAACGAAUUGGUUGAGCAAGCUCGUGGAUUGAUGCUUGAUAUCUGCAACGAUCAUGUCUUUGCUGCUGAGGCUUAUAUCCAAGAUCCUUCUAUACGUGGAAAACUCAUUCAGACAAUCAAGGAUGAGUGUCAAGAGCUGGUCGAGUAUAUCGUCGCUGCGAAGCGAUUUAACCUUGAGAUCAACUCAAGAGCAAAGGAUCGUGUUAUCAGCUUCGGUGAGAAAUUGAGCUGCCGUUUUAUGGCGGCUCUUUUGCAGGAUAAGGGCGUCGAGUCUGAAUAUGUCGACCUCUGCGAUUCAUUCCACUAUGAUGCUAGCGAGAGACUCGACGACAAGUUCUACCGCACUGCUUCAGAGGCUUUUACCCGUAAGAUCGCCGCUUGUGAGAGCCGCGUCCCUGUCGUUACCGGUUUCUUUGGCAACGUUCCUGGCAGUCUCAUCGAUGGUGACAUCGGCCGUGGCUACACUGAUCUUUGUGCGGCCCUCUGUGCUGUAGGCGUCAAGGCUGAGGAACUCCAGGUCUGGAAGGAGGUUGAUGGUAUCUUUUCAGCCGAUCCCUCCAAGGUGCCCACCGCACGCCUACUCUCGUCUAUCACACCCUCCGAAGCAGCUGAGUUGACAUUCUAUGGCUCAGAGGUUAUCCACCACCUCACUAUGGACCAAGUGAUCCGUGCUGAACCGCCGAUCCCUAUUCGCAUCAAGAAUGUCAAGAACCCUCGCGGCAAUGGCACUAUUGUCGUUCCUGACCGCAUCCUCUCGGCCAGCCAUCAACUUACACGGGACUCUCCCAAGCCUCAGGUAGAACACAAGAAGCCGAAGCGACCUACAGCCGUCACCAUCAAGGACCACAUCAGCGUGAUCAAUGUGCAUUCGAAUAAGAGAUCGAUUUCGCACGGAUUCUUCGCUCGCGUCUUUUCUAUCCUGGACACUUACUCCAUCUCGGUCGAUCUUAUCUCUACUUCUGAAGUUCACGUCUCUAUGGCUAUUCACUCGAGCAGUCAGCAGGUCGAGGCUUUUGGUAAAGCCACCAAAGAGCUUGCUGAGUGUGGUGAUGUGAGCGUGCUCAAUGACAUGGCUAUUCUGAGCUUGGUUGGUGCUGAGAUGAAGAACAUGGUCGGUAUUGCAGGCCGCAUGUUUUCUACUCUGGGAGAACACAAUGUCAACCUCGAAAUGAUCUCACAAGGUGCCAGUGAGAUCAACAUCUCUUGCGUGAUAAGUGCACGGGAUGCUACUCGGGCUAUGAAUGUGUUGCACACACAUCUCUUCACAUUCCUUGAGUGA